GACUUUUAAAACACGACUGAUAGCACGUAGACAUAACUUCUGAUAAUGUUGCGUCUAAAUUCUAACUAGUCACGGCUGCCACGCACUGACAAGGAAGCUGGCCUUUCUCUUAAAAAUGGCAACUAUUGUCUUUUAUUCGGUUAGAACGACUCAAACUACCACGAGGCGAUGUUUCAGUUCCCAUUUAAAGGGUCUUGCUAGUGCAAUAGACUCGGGGUUGUUAUCCUCUACUCCUGGCCCAUCAUCGACUUUGCUCCCGGAAACAAGAUGGUUUUCCAGGGGCACCAGCUUGCGGUUCAUGUCCCAUGGGACCGCAGGCAGAUCUGCAUCUGGACAAACCAGGAGGGGAGCCCUGGCGCUAAGUGGAGCCGCAGCGGUGACGGCAGCUGCGGCCGUAGCGGGAUUUUUGGCCAACGCUAACCACUUUCAGCGUGCAGAGAUGGCAACUAAGGUCUCCCAGAAUCAGGAGCAGGAGGGCGACAUCGUGGAGAGAUGCCGCGAGUUCAUGUCUCCACCGGUGACCGACAUCAGUGUCCUGCAGGGGAGAAAGGAGGAGAUGAGUACCAAGAUGGAGAUGCUGAUAAUGGAGACACAGGCCGAGUUUUGUAAAGCCCUGCAGAAGGUGGACGGUGGGACGUUCAAAGUGGACCGGUGGGAGAGGAAGGAAGGUGGUGGGGGCAUCAGCUGUGUAAUGCAGGGUGGAAAGGUGUUUGAGAAGGCUGGGGUCAAUGUGUCAGUGGUAUUUGGGAACCUGACUGAGGAGGCAGCUAAGCAGAUGAGGAGCAGAGGAAAAGUCCUCAAAGGCAAAGAUGGAAAGCUACCGUUUUGUGCCAUGGGUGUCAGCUCUGUUAUUCACCCGAAAAACCCCCACAUACCAACUGUGCACUUCAACUACAGAUACUUUGAGAUUGAAGAGGAGGAUGGCACUAAGCAGUGGUGGUUUGGUGGAGGAACAGACCUGACCCCAGUUUAUAUUGAUAAAGACGAUGCAUUUCACUUCCACAACACCCUGAAGGAGGCCUGUGACAAGCACCACCCACAGUAUUACCCCGAAUUCAAGAAAUGGUGUGACAGAUACUUCUAUGUCCGCCACAGAGGGGAGACACGUGGGAUAGGAGGAAUCUUCUUUGAUGACCUUGAUUCCCCGAAUAAGGAGGAUGUGUUUGAUUUUGUUAAGAGCUGUGCUCGCACUGUGGUCCCUUGUUACCUUCCCAUUGUCUACAAACAUCUCAAUGACUCCUUUACUGAUGAGGAGAAGGACUGGCAGCAGGUACGACGAGGAAGAUAUGUGGAGUUCAACCUGGUGUAUGACAGGGGAGUGAAGUUUGGUCUUGCCACUCCUGGCUCCAGAAUUGAGAGCAUCCUCAUGUCCCUGCCACUCACUGCCAGGUGGGAGUACAUGCAUGAGCCUGCCAAAGGUACCAAGGAGGCUGAGAUGCUGGAGGUGUUACAGAACCCUAAGGAGUGGGUUUGAGCGUGAUGCUCACAGGUUUACAUGUCAAUACAGACAAAACGUCCAGGAAAUCUUGAUUGUAUUUUGUAAACUUGUUUGGCCAAGUCUUCAUUUAACACCAUAAUUACUUUAAUAUCAUGUUGCAUCACAAUUGUUUGAAGCUGUAAUUUGUGCUGGUUCUUCUUUGUUCUUUCAUACUUGCUAUGUUUAGUCAAAUCAGACUUCUCAAAUUUUACCAGAUUUUUAAGAUGAUUACGCUGCGUUGUUACGAAGUGAGAUCUGUCCCAUGUCACCAUCCAGCAGAGUAAAGACCAAAUAAUUCAACUUCACAGGUGACCUGCUUUUAGGGCCUCUCCCUCUGAUAAAUUGCUCCUAUUAGCAAGCGUUUGCAUGUUUUUUUUCUGGGCUUUUUUGCCUCGGAGAAAGGAGACAAGCUGUACUUGAAGCUGUCAGAGUUUUACUCUUAAUCUCAUUUUUAAUGAACUAAAGGGGAAAACAAAGAAACUGAGCCAAUGUGUGUGUCCAUUAAUAAAUUAAAUUUUGUGCCUGAUC